UUGGUGUGUGAAGAGUGUGAAGAAUGGAGGGCUUGCUGAAGCAGUGGAAGGAGGAGGCAGAAGCAGAAGAAGAGAGUUGAAGAAGAAGUGGGAAGAAGUGGGCUUAGUCAGACGACAAGCUCACGAGCAAGUCACCACCUUUACUGGUUCAGAUAUUCAUAUCCAAGGGCAAGAGAUUUCUGAAACAAAGGACGAUUCCGGUGGCAUUGAGAAGAAGGACACGACUUCACCUUCCUCUGAUCCUAUUAUUCCUGGGGAUUCAACUCCUCCCAAGAAUGUGACCAUUCAAACUGAAAAAAGGCAAGAAAUUUCUGAAACCAAGGACGGUUCCAGUUUCAGUGACAUUGAGAAGAAAAAAACAUAA